AUGGCCCGGAACCUCCGGCCGCGGGAGUACGAGGAGCAGAGCAAGCCGAUCACGCGCUACUUCCAGAUGAUGACUGAGAUCAUGGAGGACGCGGCCGACGUGCAGAUCCUCCACCGCGCCGGUGUGGUCCGCGGCGGGUCCAGCGGCGAGCAGGAGGUGCACGAGCUGAAAGCUGAUCAGAACAUCGAUGGGCACUCCACGUACCCGUUCGUGUACAUGGCCAUGGACCGGGAGAUCGACAAGGUGAGACAGGACCACAACCAGAGGAUGACAAACUUCUUCGUCUGCAACCGCCCUGGCGUGAUCGGGGCCUCAUUGAUGGUCGCCAUCUCGGUGGCGGCUAUCGUCGCCACGAGGAGGAAACGGGGCUGA